AACCAUGAGCUGGGCGGUGGAGGAGUGGAAGGAUGGUCUUCCAGGUAAAGCUCUGCAGAAGAUUCAGGAGAUGGAAGUCCAACUGGAUAAACUGAAGAAGGAAAGGACUCAGAAACAGUUUCAUUUGGACUCUCUUGAGGCUGCCCUGCAAAAGCAGAAACAAAAGGUGGACAGUGAGCGUACUGAGAUUUCUGCUUUGAAAAGAGAGAACCAAUCCUUAGUAGAGUCAUGUGAUUCUCUGGAGAAAGUCCGUCAAAAGGCUGUCCAUGACAUGAGUGUCAAAGAGCAGCAGGUUAACUAUUUGGAGGGUCAGCUCAGCUCCUGCAGAAAGACAAUAGAAAAACUGGAGCAGGAACUCAAGAAGUAUAAAACAGAGUUAGAUCGCUCUCAGCCUGCUGGGUGUUCUUCUUUGUCAUUGUCCUCCAGUGAUCUUCAAGUUUACAAUAGCCCACAGAAGAGUUUUUCUACCCCAACUGUUGUCCCAGCCUAUAGACAGCAAGAUAACAGACUAGAGGAGCUUCAGGAGAAAUACAGUCAAGAGGUGGAAGGAAGGAAGCGGCUAGAGAAUGAACUCAGAGUUCUGCAGGUCAAACUGUUGAAUCAGUCAUCGGCCACUGUAAGCCACAAGGAUAUUGCUGUGCGACAGCAAGCUGGGUCUUCUAUAUUUCUAUGGCAACAGCCAAAUCAGACCCAGAACUUCCAGUCACAGGAUGCAAUUCAGACUCCUCUGAAGAGGCGGGGUGCCUCUGGGUCAUCUCUGUGGGAUACUCAUGAGGAGACGCCUAUCAAAAUGAGCCAGCGAAUGAGCUCUUCUAGAGCAUUGCAGAGUCCCUGUGCCUCCUCCCAACAGAUGGAGCACCUCAGAACUCUUAACCAAGAGCUGCGUGGCCAUGUUUCAGAGCUGGAGAGGAGUCUCUCUAAUCAGAAGAAGGAGAUUUGUAACCAGGCUUCCAGACUGCAGGAACUACAAACCACACUGGACCAAGCUCGCAAAGAGCUGAGUGAACGAGACAGAAGCCUCGCCAAGACCUGCCAGGAGCUGAGCCAGGCCAUGGACGUACAGCAACAAGUUGAAGCCAAGUGUUCAUCAGUUGAACAGAAGCUAAAACAAGUCACAGAGGAGAUGAACUGCCAGAGGCACAAUGCUGAGAGCUGCAGACGAGCCCUGGAACAGAAAAUAAAGGACCAGGAGCGAGACAGCCAGAAGGAGGUUGCCCAGCUACAGAAUUCCUACCAGGCUUUGGAGCAAGAACUGCACCAAACCAGGACUAAAUUAACACAAGAGCUCCAACAAUCCAAAAAAGACUACAACUUACUACAGACUGACAUUGAGAAGGUGUGUUUCCAAAAGUGUCACUUGGAGAGGGAGGUGGAGGAGCAAAAACAGAAACUGUUGAGGUCCGAGCAGAGCCUUCAGGCUAGCCAAAGCAAAGAGCAAGACAUCCGCAAGAAAAUGACGGAGCUUCAGAAAGAGAAGAACAGUGUGACUGUCCAAUUGGACCAGAGCAGCAGAUGUCUUUCUCAGUUGGAAGAAGAGAAAAAGAGUUCAGACCAAAGUCUCAGACAUACCCAUGGACUGCUAGAUGACCUCAAACGUAAAUUUGAAGCACAGACAGAGGAGGUGAAGAAACUUCAGUCUAAACUGGAUCAGCAAAAUCAGUCUUUGUCUCAGGAGCUGGAAAACCUGAGGAAGGCUCUUUCUGAGGCAGAGACCAAAAAUGACAGGUCUCAGAAUGAACUUCAGAAACAAAAGCAAGAGUCGGGUCAGCUAACCAACAAGUUGAUGGUUCUGGAGAAGGAGAGCCAGGAGCUGAAAUCCAGUCUCACCGAAAGACAGAAGGAUUGUGUGCAACUGAGACAAGAAUGCCAAGCUUUGUUAGACUGGAAGAAGGACAAGCAGAGUCUUAUUAAUGACACUGAGGCAAUUCAGAAAGACCUCAAUGAGCACAUUGUCAACUUGAAGAACAAUGUCACCAUGCUGAAUGGAACUAAUGAUGAACUUGAGAAACAAGUUGCGAGUGUGGAAGAAGACAAUGCCAGUCUGUCUGCUCAGAUUGAUUCACUGAAGGGACAACUACUCAACAAGAGCACUGAACUGGAGGAGAAAGAGCAUGAGUGCACAGAGCUCCAGUCUAAACUGUCUGAGGCUGGACAGAAACACAACAAAGAGCUGGAGAACAUUAGGGUGCGGGUGGCACAACUUGAAGUACAGGUUGAAGAUGUAUUGUCCCAGUUAAGGCAGGAAACUGCUCGAGCAGAGCAGGCUGAGAUGUCCAACACUCAGCUGCAGGAGGAACAUCAGGCAGCAUGUGACCUAAUCCGGUCCAAAGAUCAGCUCAUAGAGUUGAGUCAGACUGAACUCAGCCAGCUGAGGGAGAGCUUUGUGCAGACCACUGCAGACCAUGAGAAGCAAAGUGCCAGCUUGGCAGAAGAGAAAGCUGUCUUAAAGAGGCAAUGUGAGGAAAAUAUUGCAGCAAAGGUUGAGGAGAUGGCACAAAUGAAGCUCCUGUUGGAGGAGGCACAGCGAGAACUGGUGCUCACCAAAAGCAAGGUCAGUUCCACAGAACACUUCCUGAAGAUCCAGGAGCAUUUAGGAGCUGAGCAGCAAAAACGGCUCAAAACUCUCUCAGAUAGUGAAGAGGAAUACAGAAAGAUGUCUGAGAAAAAAUCAGGAGAGCUCAAGCAAGCAGAAGAGGAACUUAAUGCUGUGCAGAAGGAGAGAGAGGAAACCAAAAAGUGGGUCAGGGAGACUGAAGCUGAGAUUUUAUGUCUGAAGAAGCAAAAUGUUGAGCUGGAAAAGGUUGUUCAAGAGGCAAAGAACGCAGAAGAGGUGCUCAAACAUGCUCAGACAGAAAAGAUAAACCGCCUCUUGGCAGAGAUAUCGUCCUUAGAAGAAAAAGUAGCUGCAAGCAGAGAUACAGCAGAGAAGCUUUCAGUCUUGAUGAAUGAGCUUGCUGUUGCCAACCAGUCACAGGCAGACCUGAAGAAAUCACUUGAAGAUCUUCAAAAGAGUUACUCCUGCACUAUUGACAUCAACUCGAACUUGGAGAACAUUUUGUGUGAGAAAAGUAAUAUGAUCUCUGCGUUGGAAAAGGAAAUCGCUGAGAUGACGGAGAAGUUGACACAAGAGUCUAGGAGUCAUUCCUCAGAAAUAGAAAGUUUCCUCAUCAAGGAGAAGAACCUAAAAGAACAGCUUGAAGCCACUCAACUCUCUGAAACUACUGCAAAAGCCAAAGCAGCUUUGCUUGAAGAGGAGAUCAGGUCCAUGAAGGAAACUUUAACAUCUGCUUCGCACAGUCUGAGAAAGAGAGAUGACAUGAUAAAGGAUAUGAAGGAAAAACUGAACAAGACAGAAAUGGAGUGCUCUCGAACAUCUGAUGUCCUAAAGGAGAAGAUGGUUGCCAUGAACAAAAUCAAGGUGCAGGUGGAAAUGCUGCAAAUGGACCUGGAUGACAAUGAAACAGCCAUAAACUCAUAUGACCGUCAGGUAGAGGAGCUGCAAGGAACUAUAGUGUCACUGGAAGGUCAGCUUGUUCUAAACCAAACACUGAUAUCUGACAUGGAGGCGAGGCUGGAAGACAGCAAAGCCCAGGUCUCUGUGCUGGAAUCCCGACUAGAGGAAGUCCAAUCUCAGAAUUCUGUCCUGGAGACACAGUAUGUCACAGCUAAGGAGGAGUUGUUGGAGAGGAGCUGUGAAGUAACUCGUCUGGAAGAAGAUGCUGUGAAACGAAAUCACCAAGAGGACAUUGUGUCCGCCUUGGAGUCCAAACUCAAUCAGAUCACAGAGCAAAACAUUAUCUUAGAGACCAAUUUGAGACAGAUAACUGAAGACAAUGAAAAGAAUCUCUCAAAGAUACUGCAGGAAAAAAACAAAUUUGAGUCUACUUUGGAACAAAUAAUGAAUGACAAAGAGCAUGUAGAAGCUCAGGUGAUUCAACUAAAUAUAGAGAAGGAACAGUUGCGAUCCAGCCUGCAUGAGGUAACUGAGGAGAACAAAGAACUGCAGAGCAACUUUAAGCAGAUAACUGAAGAAAAACAGCAAGCAGAAGACAAGAUUAAUCAAAUGCUCAUCGAGAAACAAGAAACUGAAUCUCAGCUUGGGCAGGUGGUUGCAGAGAAAUCCCAACUUGAUGUUGUACUGAGUCUUAAAAAUGAGGAGAAAUUCCAGCUUGAGGUACAAUUAAACAAACUAAUGUUUGAGAAAAAUGAAUUGAUUGCUAACAUAAAUCAAAUAGUUGAGGAAAAGCAACAGCUAAAUGUUAAUGUUGCUCAGCUGACUGAAGAGAAGCUCCAGUUAAGAGAACACCUAGAAAGGCAAGAAGCUGAAAUGGCUUCACUCAGACAGGAGAAUGUUUGUAUCCAGUGCUCCCUCCUUUCAUCAGUGCAGGAGCACCAGAAGUUGAAGGAGGAGUUUGAGAUGCGAGACAAGAAAGAUGUUGAGAAACGAGAGAGGAACCAACAGCUUGAAGCAGAGCAGACAGAACUCCAUCAGAAGCUGGGUAGCUUACAGAAAGAACUGAAUGUGAUCACGCAGCAGUAUGACUCACUGCUUGAGCAGGUCAGCCAACAAUGCUGCCUAAUACAGCAGCUCUCUGAGUCAAAGGAAACUCAAGACUCCAGCUGUGGAACUUCUCCGCAAAAAUUCAGCUAUGUGGAGUCUGAAGAGAUGCACUUUGGUGAAUCUACAGACCAGGUGGACAAAGAGCCCAUUGUGCAGUCGGUAAUUCAUAAAAACUCAAGCAUUGAGUCCCUUCCAGUAGAGGAGCAACUGAGCCCUAAAGUGCCUGAACUAGACAAGAGUUCAUAUGAGUCUGAGAACACAGACAGAGAGCUGAUCUUCAUUGGAGACAUGGAUCAACAGAUAAUCCAAAAACAAUUUGAUGAAAAGGAAAUAAAGAGUUAUGAAGAAAACACACAGUCUGUGUCACAUUCACAGCAGCAUGACCAUAAACAGCAUCUUGAGGUUCCUGGAGACAGUGGUCUCAGUGAUGUCACUGAACAUGAAUUCUGUGAACCACAUCUGCCUUCAUCUUCACUUGGUGCAGCCACAGGGCUUGAAUGUUCCAUCUGCCUGUCAGCUCCAGAAUCUUCACAAUUAGAGAAUGAGCUGAACCACUACAAGGAAAUUAUCACAAAACAAGAACGUCAACUGCAGACACUGCAAUCAGAGUUCCAUUUACUGACCUCUGACCUGGCAUUGAGAAAGGAGUUGACUUAUGAACUGGAAGUCCAAGUUCAACAUUUAGAGGAGAAGCUUCAUGUAGCAGUUCAAGAAACCAGUGUUACAAUGCACAAACUGGAGACUGCUUUAAAUGAGAAGAAAGGCCUUGCUGAUCAGUUAGCUCAGCUGUCAGAGGAGAGGGACACAUUAAAUCUGCAACUGCAAACUACUAAAUGUCAGUUGGCUGAUGUUAUGGAGAUGGUGGAAGGACUAGAAAUGGUGAAAGGUGGUUGGGAUGAGAAGUUCCUUCAGCAAGAAAGUGAGUUGAAGAGGGUUCGUUCUGAGAAAGCCAAUCUGGAGCAGCACAUCCUGGGCAUUGAGGGUGAUCUUGAAACUCUUCAUGAGGAGAAGACCAGGUUGAAGAAUGAUAUGGACAAAAAGAAAAAGACAUGUUCAGGCAUGGAGGAGCAGAUAGAAAUGCUGGUUACUGAGACAACUCAGCUGAGAUCAGAACUUGUGUGCUGCACUGAGGAGCGAGAUGAGCUUGAGCAGUCUUUAGGCAGAUGGAGAGAGCAAGUUCACAGUCUGGAGAAGACUAACUGCGACACCAGACACCUAAUUUCCAUCCUGGAGGAGGAUAUCAGAGCAGGGAAGAUGGCGUAUGAGGCUCUGCAAGGAGACAUGGACAAACUGAAGAGUGAGAGGGCACAGUUGCUUGAGCAGAUUGGGGAAUUGGAGCAGGCAGUCUCCGAACAAAAUGGAAAGAGGGAGGAGCUUAUUAACCAAGUUGACAAGCUGAAAGAAGAUCAGACCUCUGCCAGCCAAAAUACUGAGUCCAUGGUCACCAAGAUUCAGACCUUAGAGGGUGAAGUAAGCCGCCUGUCACAGUCACUGGAGUCCUCUCUGCUAGAAAAAGGAGAGAUUGCUUCUCGUUUGAACUCCACACAAAGUGAGGUCAGACAGAUGAGGACUGGAAUAGAAAAACUUCAGAUCCGCAUCGAGUCAGAUGAGAGGAAGAAAAAGAAGAUGGAAGAGCUGCUGAAAGCUGCUCAGAGAAAGUCAGACUCCCUACAAGACCACAUUGAUGCCCAGAAGCGAGACAAGGAAGAGAUAGAGCAAAGUCUAGAAGAUGCUGUGCUGCAGGCUGAGAUGGCUAAAGAUGAUCUUGAAGAGGAAAGGAGCAAGGUAGAAGAGGAGAAAAAAGAGCUCAGCUUGCAAAUAUUGGAACUCUCCACCCAGCUGGACAGCCUGAAAUUAGAGAAAGAAAACAUGGAGCGAGAGAUGGAAAACAAAAACAAAGAGAUAGAAGAGCUAAAGUCUGCUAAGGUGGCUCUGGAGAAAGGAUUGGCGAAAGAGAUCUUCAGAAGAGAAGAAGAGGAAAGACAGAAAUGUAGGGUGCAGGAGUUAGAGAAAGGGUGGAGAGAGGAAACAGAAAAACAAAUGAGUCAAGUAUAUGAGUUCCAGGCUAAACUGGAAGACUUGCAACUAAGGGAAAGCUUGCAUGAGCAGAAGCGCAGAGAAACUGAAAAAGAGAAAGAGAAGAUGCAAUCUCUGCUGGCAGAUUUGGAGAAAGAGAAGGAGUGUUUACAGACAGAAGGAGAGAGGCUCCGUAUCCAGGAAGAAGUGAAAGAGAAAGAGAGACACCAUCUGAAGGUUCAACUAGAGGUUUUAGAAGAAGAAAUUGUGACGCUGAAAGGUCUCAUAAAAACAAGAGAGAGAGAACUGUCAGAGAGGGAGGACAGUCAGAGACAAGCUGUUUCUCUUUUGGAGGUGAAAGAACAGAUUGAAAGACAAAAUGGACAGCUAGUUGAGGAAAAAGAGAAAAUGCAUGCUGCCCUGCUAUCAGCAGAACAUGAGAGAGAGAACCUGCACUACACUCUUUCAUCUGUUGAAGAAGAGAAAGCAAGACUAGAGCAAGAGAUAAGAAUGCUGUCGGAUAAAAAACAGAAGCUUCAGACACGCUUGUCCUUGUUGGAAGAGGAGAAACAUGAUCUGCAACAAUGUCUCUCCUCAUUAAAACAAGAGAAAGAAAGGGUGGAGGAGGAGAAAGGCAUUUUAGAAGAUGAGAAACAGAAAUUGCAGUCUUCACUUUGUUUGAUUACAGAAGAGAAAGAGAGCGUGUUCUCAGCUCUUUCCUCAUUAGAAAAUCAAAAGCAGGCGGCAGAAGCAGAGAAGGAGAAACUAACGGAGGACCAUGCAAAGCUUCAGUCGGCAUUUGACUCUAUGGAGAAGCAGCAGGAGACGUACAAACUGUCUGUCUCCCAGCUCACCGAGCAGGUGUCAAAACUGUCCUCUCGUGCCAAGCGUCUGUCUAAGGAGAAAGAUUCUGCACACAGUAAGAUCACCCUUUUAAUGAAGACCUGCAAACAGCUGGAGAAGCAAAUGAUGAUGAGCAGUUCAGGAGAUGGAAAUAACCGUGAAGAGGAAAUAAUAAAAGAAGUCAAUGAACUGAAGACUCCCCUGGAGAAGAGGAGGAAGGAGGUCGAUAAAAAAAUGAUUGAGGCUCAAGAAACAAACAAGCAGAUGGAAGAACUUAAGGCUACCCUUGAUGAGAAGCAGAGGGAAUUGGAGGGGAGGGAUAUUAAACUGCAGCAGAUCAUGAGCGAAUUGGAUGAAGUAAAUAACCUUUUGGAAGAGAAGAGCAAGGAGGCUGAUGAGAGUAUGGAGAAAUACUGCAGCCUCAUAGUUAAAGUCCACAAAUUAGAAGAAAACAAUGAUGCGCUGACAACACGUCUCAAACUGUUUACUGCAAGCACGUGUGCAAAUGAUGACAGCAGUGACCAUGCUUCCAAGAACACAGUCAUUAAUCUCUACUCUGGUAGCGCUGACAGCUGUCGCCGGCACUCAGCCAGGAAGUUGUCGAAACAACAAGAUGAGAACACGGCUCCAGCAAGUCCUCAGAGUGAGGUUCAGGCAUCACAUUCAGUAAAACGGGCUCAUUGUGAUAUUGGUGAUAAAGAUGUUGCCCAGGAGACUUUGAUUAACCUGACAAAGAAGCUCAAAGCCAAUGCAAUAAACACACCCAAAACAAAAACUCAGGAAGAUGAUGACUUCAGACCUGAAGGUCUACCUGAGCUGGUGCAGAAAGGAUUUGCCGAUAUUCCUUUGGGGGAAGCCAGUCCGUUCAUCAUGAGGAGAACCACGGUUAGGCGCUGCAGCCCUCGGCUGGCUGCAAGACACUCUGUUAUGGCUUCUGCUAGUUCUGCAUCAGGACCUGACAACAAGGUUUUGGGACCCAUACCUCUCCAGAGUCCCUCUGAUGUCAUGGCAGCAUCUAUGAUUGACACCUGUAACCCAAAGCACACUUCUUUGAGCUUUCAGGACAGAAAUGGCCGUCUCUCACCAAGUUUGAAGACACCGGAGCAGAAAGAGAGACAGGCAGAAAACUGUCACGUUCAAUAGGUGAACAUAUGCACUCUUACACAUUUAGUUUUAGAAAUGUGUACAAAUAUAUUCAUAAAAAGAUUAAUCAUUUCACUUUCAUUGCACCAGAAACACUGCACACAUACGAUGCACUUAUUUGUGGGUGCAGUUUUUUUGUUUGUAGUCAUCUGUGCUUCAUUUGGGUUCACUGCUUCUCUUCCUUAAUGGACCUGUGAUACUAGCUGUUAAAAUUUUACAUAUCCAACGCACUGCCUACAGGAAGCCUGCAGUCACUACUGUUGUAGAGAAUUGGUUACAUACAAACAAUACAUUGGAAGAUUUUACUCUGUAAAAUAAGCAGUGCAAGUUUUCUUUUACUUUGCUGAAAGUUUUUUUUUCUUGCUUUUAUUCUUUAUAGUAGUGUGAAAUAUUCUCUACAUUUAAGCUUUUGUAAAUGUACCUGUAGAUGGAACAUUUUCUUAAUGGAGAAUUUCAAGUGUCAAACUCCUUUUUUCUCUCUCUCUAACAUUUUUGUUUUUGUUUGUGGGUUUUUGUUGGUUUGUUUUUUGUUUUUAGUCCUGUAAAAUACUGUAAUCUCUACAGUUUUACUUGUUUGUGUUAUUGGCCCAGAUUCCUUGUUGGUGUCCUCUUUUCCUGCAUGUACAAAACAUUUUUCAGUAUUGUAUCAUUUCAUUACUCAAGUACCCAUGACUUGAUUUUUCUCUUCUUCCAACUUUAUGCUUUGUUUAAUUUUUUUAAAUCAUCAGUUAAAAAACACUUUUUUAAUAUAAACCAGUUUCAAUAUUAAAAGUUGGAAGCUCUUCA